AUGCAACAACAGCAACAAAAAAGUCGCCGCGCCAAAGAUUUAUUACGAAAUUAUUAUGGAUUGGCUGAUGUUGAGAAAAAGCAAGUUAAUCCACUAGACAUUGACAGCAAUUCCUUCGAACCAGAAAAAUAUUUCAAUAAAUUAGUGACGGAAAAGCAGCUUUCUGAAUUGAUACAGCAAGACAAUGAUUUAAUUACGGAAAUUCGUCAACUGAAUGGUGAUAUGGAAACUCUGGUUUACGAGAAUUAUAAUAAAUUUAUUAGUGCGACCGAUACUAUUCAAAAGAUGCGUAGUAAUGUUGAAGCGAUGGAGUCGGAGAUGGACCAACUAACUAAAAAUGUGUCAAACAUGUCAAAUAUUUCUCGAGAAGUUGAGUCUGCUCUUGGACCAAAACGAGAUAAAAGUAGAAAACUCGCAGAAGUUCAUGAAUCAUUAACAAAUAGAUGA